AUGGUGAAUCAUAUGGAACAAACAGUAAGCACAUCAAAAGUUACUCCAGAAAAAUUGGGAGAGUCAUUGGACUUGGGAGAUACUUCUAUUUUCGUCAAAGAUAAAUCAUUUUCAAUGUAGUAGGAGACAGAAGUAUUCAGUUCAAAGGAACAGGCUAAAGAGUCAAAGAAGAUUUCAAUUUUAAUGAAUUUCUAUGGUUUAGCUAAUUUUAUACCACUUAUGGCUGUGCUAUCCAAUAUGGACUACUUUAUUUACAAAUAUAAUGAGGACAUCCGGAAUUCUUAUAUAACAUGA